GCGCGAAACUAAUUGCAUUGAAAUAGCGCAAAUUUUCGUUCAAAAAUUCGCAAAAUCAGCUGCGAAUUGAAAUUUCUCGUAAUUGCGAGGUCAAGACUCCGGAAAUGGGGGUGCAUGCCCUUUUAACAAUCUAAUUAAGUCACCAGAAGCUGGGAUUGGUUGGUCAUAAAAUGACUAAUUUCAUUUCAUCCAGUCGCCUCUUUAAUUUUUGUUGUUCGGGUGUUCAAUUGUUUUGUGUUCAAUUCGGUCAUAGAUAAGAUAAGUGAUAACGUAGUAAUUAUUGAAGCACAUUUAAAACAUAUCUUGAAAAUAGCACAAACGUAAAAUGUGUGAAUAAUUCAGCCAUAACCAAAAUAAACUCAGACAAGGUCAAAAUUCUGAGUGAAGGUAGGUGCAAACGUAUCGAGUAGAAUAGUGCACAAAAGCAUCAGAAAUUGCGUCACAUUUAAUAAUAAUUUAUUAAUAGUUCGUAUAAACACUAUUUUUACACAAUGGAAGUGAUACCUCUAAAGACUGACUACGAUGUUAAAAUCGUCUGCAGAACAUAAAAUAUUGAAGUUAUUACCGAACGAUAAACCCAUCACAGCGAUUCAAGUGAUCGAAAACCUUGACAAAUGCCCCAAGGGGUUUCACCCAAUCAGCAGAACCUACGACCAAGACCAGGAUGCUGAUUUGAGAGAAAGCUCAAUUUUUAAAAGUAGUGCAGCCCGAUAUUUGUGUGUUUCAAAAACUGAAGGUCUCCCGAAUUUCGUCAUUCAGGAGAUUUUUGUACUGACUGAGAAGUUUAACCCUCCCAGAGGUUUCAGUUUGUUGAAUAGAACUGCAGAUAGUGAACAGAAAGCCUGGAAGAAGAAACAGUUGUGUUAUAAAUUAGUGAAUCUAAGAGAUACUAAAGUUGCUGUUACUGAUAUUAUUGUUUGUAGUCGAUUGAAGAAGGCUCCUGAAGGGUUCAAACUCGCUGGAGAACUGAACGGCGUGACUGUGUGCUUCAAAAUGGGCAACGUGCAAGACACCCAAAACAGCCCCGAUUCGAACGGUCGCAACAUCACUCCCCCCGAGCGUCCUCUCCGACCGGCGCCCCCAUUCCCCGGCAAUGGGCCGCCCCUUUACCCAUCAAUUGGUGCCGAUGGCGGCGACCACGAUUAUGAAAUUCUUAAACCCCCAGGUUAUCCUUCGGGGCCGUCACGACCCGCUCCCAGACCACCAGCUCCCACCCCACGACAAAAUUCAACCACCGGGACAUUGGGCGGAAGUGGAGGGAAUAAUCUAGAUGGAGUCCCGUUUAUUGUCAAUCCGAAAUUUUUGAAUGCAAGCACUGCCGAUAGGUUUCAGUUUCCCACAAUAAGGGCAAAAACAAUGCAACAAAUUUUGAAGGAGUACGAUUAUCCGUUUACUGUGGAAAGGCAGACUUAAAAAUUUCGAAACUGUUUUUUAAUAAAAGGAACUGAGAUCUUUUAGGAAUGUUUUAAUGCCUCUAUCUUAUCGUUGUAUUUUUAUUUAUAAUUUAGCAAUCAAGUGUGUCAUUAUAGUCACGGUAGGCUCAAGUGAUUCAAGUUAAGUCAUGUAAGAAAUUUAAUGAAAAGUUGUAUAGUUUAUAAAAUUAAGAAGUGCCCACUAGAAUGUAUCAACACAUUAUUAUGAUUAAUAAUUAUUAUUUAGUGCCAAUGUUUUAUAUUUAAUACAAUAUUUAUACAGUA